AUGAAAUCCAUAUCAGAACCAACUGGUAACACGUCAUUUUCGUCAGCAAAGAAACAUAAAUUGAAAGAAUUCGUGAAGAAAUACUUCUGCGAAGGACAGCAACUUGAUGAAAAUGAUUUGCCACGAUCUGAUGGACAAAACGAGUCAUCCGUUAGUGAAGAAAAAUCGCUAUUAGAAAGAUAUCGUAAAUAUAUUGGAUUUUUGAUCCCGAUUUGCUUAAUGGAACUUAUUUGGUUGACUUUAGCAGUCAAAUAUAACACUCUAUCACUGUACCCAACACGAUAUGAACUUGCUCUUACGAUGAUUUUAGGUGCAACUGUUGCAGAAUUUUUGAUAUCAAUUCAAAUGCAAUUAUGUAAUGAAAUAAAAGGUAUGACAUCUGCGGCAUUUACUAUAAUUUGGAUGAAAAUCGCUAUUGAAUGGCAUUCCAUUAUUAUUUGUUCCAUUGGUGCAACCGCUGGAAUAAUUUUUGGUUUACAGUGGGUUGAUAAUCUGCUUGAUGGUCAACAGAAAAAAAUGCUGUUUGUAUCGAUUUGGUUUUCAUUCGCAUUAGCAUUGUUUAUAUUAAAUUCGCAAAAGAAGCGUAAAACUUAUACAGCAAUUCCAGAAAUGAAUACUAUCAAAGUAAUAAUUUUACUUACUACUGGAAUAGUUGGAGGAUUAUGUUCAAGUUUCGCUGGUUCUGGAGUUGAUAUUUGCUCAUUUUCAAUUUUAACACUGCUGUUUCGAGUUAGUGAAAAAGUAGCAACACCAACAUCGGUUAUAUUAAUGGCAGUCAAUACGUGCGUUGGAUUCUUCUGGCGUCAGUUAAUCAUGACUGAUAUCUCAGAGCUUGCUUGGCAAUAUUUUCAAGUUUCAGUUCCUGUUGUCGUCAUUUGCGCUCCUCUCGGAUCAUUAAUUGCCUCACAUUUUCACCGUCUUGUUCUUGCUUCAUUUGUGUAUAUUUUAGAAAUUUUGGCAUUAAUUGGUUUUUUAAUUACUCGACCACCUGUAUACCUCAUACUUUGGACAGCUGCAAUUAUCCUUUUCAGUUUUAUAUUCUUCGUUAUUUUGUGCAAAAUUGGUGCAAUUUGGUCGAAAAAUAUUGAGAAUAAACGAGCUGAAAACACUGAAUUGGCAACGAAGAAUUCUUCUCUUGGCUUUCUCAGCAGAAAAAUGAACAUAAAAUGUAUCGAUGUAGAAAAACAAACUUGUUGA